AAAGCUUUUUGAUUGGCUGUAUUGCUCGGACCACGUUGACAGGUGGUAUGAUAACUGCUCGUGAUUACUAUACGAGUUUGUAGUUGGUAAUGGUGGCUGAGUCGUGGCUGUAGAUCACUACCUGGGUUAAAAAAAGUGCGAAAUGGGCAGACACACCAUAGAAAUUGAUUUGAAUGAAAGCGCGAAAGGAGAAAAGGUGGAGAAGGAUCCAUUCGGAAUCGCAGACGAUGUUGAAUUAGAUGAAGUAAAAUGGUCAGAUCUGCCAACCCGAACAAAAGUCGGCCGAACUGUGAAGACGACAACCAAACUUUUGGUUCUUCUUGCGCUCUUGUACCUGUUCAUCUGCUCCUUGAGUUUCCUGAGCUCAGCCUUUCGUCUUCUUGGGGGAAAGGCAGCUGGCGAGGCAUUUUCUUCAAACAAGGUUCUCAAAAAUCCAGUGGCUGGACUAAUGAUUGGAGUUUUGGCAACGGUUCUUGUCCAAAGUUCGUCGACAUCAACGUCCAUCGUUGUUGCGAUGGUAGCUUCGAAAAUACUCACUGUUCAAACAGCCAUACCAAUCAUUAUGGGAGCAAAUAUUGGCACAUCUGUAACUAACACAUUUGUAUCACUGGCCCAAGUUUCAGACAGAGAUCAGUUCAGACGUGCUUUUGCUGGAGCAACAGUGCAUGAUAUGUUCAACAUCCUCUCUGUCCUGGUCUUUCUGCCAAUUGAAGUUGCCUGUGGGUACCUGUAUCAUCUAACGAACAUUCUUAUCAAGAAAAUGAAUCUCCACCAAAGUACAUCUUCAACAAAAAAGGAAUUUCUCUCAAAGCUUACCAAACCCUUCACAAAUCUCAUUAUUCAACUGGAUAAAGGUGUGAUUACAAAAAUUGCCCAAGGUGACAAAGAUGCAGCAUCUAAAAGUCUUAUAAAAUACUGGUGUGACAAAGGAAAGAAACAAGUGAUCGAAAUCCAAGCCCAGAAUGCCACGAAUGCUACAUUAAACAACACAUUCAUCAACAAAACCAUAACUGUACAUUCCAAACCAUGUGCAUUUCUUCUUCAUGAUACUGGGCUUAGUGAUGGAGUGAUUGGGUUGAUCAUGCUGCUUGCAUCUCUUAUUAUUCUCUGCUUUUGCUUAGUUGGUAUUGUAAAACUACUUCACUCAAUGCUUCAAGGCAGAAUAGCUACUGUGAUCAAGAAAACUGUGAACAAUGACUUGCCAAAACCUUUUGGUUUUUUAACUGGAUAUCUGGCAAUUGUUAUUGGUGCUAUAAUGACAAUAUUGGUUCAGUCAAGUUCAAUUUUCACUUCAACCCUAACGCCGCUGGUCGGUUUGGGUCUUGUUAGCCUAGGAAGAAUUUUCCCAUUAACAUUAGGAUCAAAUGUAGGUACAACUGGAACAAGUCUUCUUGCAGCAAUGGCCAGCUCUGGUGACAGUCUCCAGUAUUCAAUUCAAAUAGCACUCUGUCAUCUUUUCUUUAACAUCUCUGGAAUUUUGGUAUGGUACCCAAUUCCUGCAAUGCGGAAGGUUCCUCUGAGCAUGGCCAAGUUCCUUGGUAAUACAACUGCAGCCUACAGAUGGUUUGCCCCAGUGUACAUAGCUUUCUUCUUCUUUGUAAUUCCAGGAACAGUUUUUGCACUAUCAGUUGCUGGUCCAGAAUGGUUGCUUGGCAUUGGUGGCUCCACAGCCAUAUUGCUCAUUUUCAUUUCUGUAGUGAACAUUCUUCAAAGUAAAACACCAAGAUACCUUCCAAAGGUGCUGAGGAAUUGGGAAUGGGCGCCUAUGUGGAUGCGCUCAUUGGAGCCAUAUGAUAAGUUUCUUGUGAAAAUUGCUAGUUUCACAAAGAGAUUACGGACUGGAAAAAGCAAUAAAAGUGAAAUUAUGAUUCACUUACAAACAG